GCUUUAAGCAUGGCAUUUUCAUUUAGCAAAAGUUUUGGCAAGGAUAAGGUCAUGUUUGUCACCAAAGAGGAUCAUGCUACGCCCAGCACAAUUGAGCUGCCGCCCCCAGAACCACCACAGGGUCUUAUAACACGUGACGGAAAUAUAAACUGGAGCUGUCCCUGCUUGGGUGGCAUGGCCACGGGACCAUGCGGUGUUGAUUUCCGUGAGGCAUUCUCAUGCUUCCACUACAGCGAGGCAGAUCCCAAGGGCUCUGAUUGCUAUGAAGCAUUCCGUACAAUGCAGGAUUGCUUCCAGCAGUAUCCCACAGUUUAUAAUAAAUCGAGUGGAGACGAUGAUGACGAUGCUUUGGGUGAUGUUAUGAAUGCGGACAGCGGCGCGAGUGGUGUCAAGGAUGUCGAUGAGCUGACAGGCGCUGCUGGCGCCGCGGCGGCAGCUGCUGCUCCCACAAAUGCAAGCUUAUCCUCCGAAACUAAUGCAGUGGUAUCAAAAGCAGAAUAAAGCCUCAUUUAUUACUUAACAGAUUACAACACCUAAGAAUGUAUGACAAAAUGUAAACAAUUUUAAUUAAUAACCCCAUUGUUAUGU